AUGUUGGUAGGCUGCUAUUGGUGCAUUUCAAUCCUCAUUAUUGUUGGGGUUGUUAGAUGGUGUUCCCUAAUAGGUCCUUAUAAAUUGGCUGUUGUGUUGUUUGAUUGUGGGUAUCCAAGCUUCAGGAAUGUCAAUUGCAUCAUCCCUAUUAAUGUCGUUGGGAUGAAGUCUUAUAUGGAUAGCCUCUUUGACCCUACGUGUGUACCAGUGGGGGUCGUGAUCAAUAAACUUAACCUUGCUCCAAAUAGGAAUGUGCCCUGUUUUGUUAGCAUACUCCAAAACUGGAAUUUGUGCUCAGGAAUUGGAAAUUUGUUUUGUUUCAGUUCUAUCCAUGAUCAUGCUGAUGCCCACUGCUUCCUAAAAGUGUUAGAUGGAAGAUUGAAAGAAACUCAAUUUGCAUGGCCAUCAAAAUCUGAGCCAGAAAAGCCUUUGGAACCAACAGGAUCAAGAUUAUAUAAGACAAAUGAAGUUAACUACAUCAAUGGUAUGUCCAAGGGUAGAGGGAGAUCAACUUCAAUGCUCACCCUUAACCCUUUACACCCUAACAUCAGCAUUCAUAUUCUCCAUAAUUUCCUUCUGGUACUGACAAGGAGAAUUUGUUUAACAAUCAAGAGCUUCUUUAGUUGGUGACCAUUUCUGUUAUUCUCAACACCUUAAUGUUUGAUCCAGGGGAUAUAUUGUAGGGAGAAAUUACAUGCUAGUCACUCUGAGGGGUUAAAGGGUUAAAGUUUUCAAGCUAAUGUCACUUCUUACCUUUUGAUUCCAACUGUAUGUAAAAUUCACCCACCUGAUUGAGUAUACACUAGCAAUUAAUACCAUGCAUAGAGGGGCAUGGUUUUGUUCUUGAUCUUGGAACAGCAUUCUUUCUUGGGCUUAGUUUCUCAGUAAUUUACAGGCUUUGUAAUUCUUUUUGUGACUGAAUCAUCUUAAAUUGAAGGGGUUGUCAUCCUCACUGAAAGUGUGCUUCUGCUUGUUGUUAAUUGAGAAGAAUUAAUCAGACCCACUAAAAUUACUUUUAUGAAAAUAGGGCUGUAGUUUUAGGUGUUAAUCAUGUUUGCUUCCUGGAAAAUUGGCUCUCUAAAGAUCUUUUUUUGCAUUUAGAUUUGAAAACUCGCAAGUUAUUUUCAUUGGUUUGUAUUUUUAGUCUAACCAUUAACAUACAUGUUAAUUUUUGAAACUAAGUACAAGUCAUUUAGGAAGUUUCUGUACAAACUGCUGUUUGUUUUUGUUUUGUAUGUAGAUAGCAUAGGUCUUCAUCGUGUGGAGAAUGUCAGCCAUUCUGACACUGCAGCAUCACUUCAUGUGUACAUUCCAGCAUUUGACAUGUGCCAGUCCUUUGACCAGCGCACAGGGCACAAGCGUAAAUGUCAAGUGACAUUCUGCAGCAAAUAUGGCCAGAGAACACCUUAUGUAAGUAUUCCAUUUGAAAAUUGUAGUUAUUUCCAAAUGUACUCAUGA